AAAAAACAGUGAAAAGACAUAUUGGGUAAGAAAAUCAUGGGUUAAUGCCUUAAAUGACAAAAUAAAAAGCGCCAGUUAAACAAAAGAAAAAUUUUACAGAAAAGGAAAAUGACUCUACUCCAUCCCAAGAUGGCAACAACCAAUGCUUGUUAGGAAGGGAUAGUCAUUUUCCUUUAAGAAUUCAGUUGUGUCAAAGUACAAAUUAGCUUUCCCUUCCUAUUCAUAAAUCCUUGAGAGGGAGGCAAAGUGAAGCACCACCAAACUAAUAAGAGGAUGCCCUCAUUUCUUUUAGCUCUUGUUGCUCUCAUCUAGCCAUAUCUCCAAUUUCUUGAAUUCUUCAGCAAGAAGCCACAAGCCUGCAGAAGAAGGUCAUGCUUGCCUUUCAAAGCCUAAUGUAUCUUUCAGUCAAACAAUUGGUCCUUGUUCAGAAUAGUGAUGGGGGUAAAAACUGGAAGACAACACACAUAGCUGAUAUGCUAAGCAAGUUUAGGUGAUAGAUAACGACCACACGGCACCCUUAUCAGGGCCCUUCAAAAAGGACAUUAAUUUGCUAGCAAGACCAAGGCAAGGAGUCGGAAUCCAGGUUCGGAGUAAAAAUGCAGCUCCAUAUAUCCCCAAGCCUGAGGCAUGUAACAGUUCUUCCUACCAAAGGCGUAAAGGACUUCAUCAAAUUCAGAGUUGUCCCUAGACGACUCUCAUAUCGUGUUGUAUUCUAUUCCCUCCUCCUCUUCACUUUUCUGCUCCGGUUUGUCUUCAUGUUGACUGCUGUAGACACCAUUGACGGAGAAAGUAAAUGUACACCCAUAGGUUGCUUGGGAAGAAAAAUUAGACCAAGUAUUAUAGGAGGGCAAUUCGAAUCGAAGCUCCCAGAAGUGAUAUAUAGAGUGUUGGAGGAACCACAAAACCAGACAGAGAUACAGGAAGAGAAUGAAUUUCCUCAGACCCUCGAAGACUUAGUUGCAGAAUUCAGAGCUGAAAGACCAGAUGCAAAGACCUUCGCUGUCAAGCUCAGAGCUAUGAUCAAUUUCCUAGAGCAAAGGACAAGAACUGCAAAAAUCCAAGAGUACCUGUAUCGCCAUGUGGCAUCCAAUAGCAUCCCUAAACAGCUACAUUGCCUUUCUCUAGAACUAGCAAAUGAGCACUCGAUUAAUGCUAAUGCUCGUCUCCAGUUGCCAUCACCAGAACUCGUACCUGCCCUGGUAGAUAACUCGUUCUUCCAUUUCAUUUUGGCCACUGAUAAUGUUCUUGCUGCCUCAGUUGUUGCUUCCUCACUUGUCCAAAACUCACUGCGCCCAGAAAAGGUGGUGUUUCACAUAAUCACAGAGAAGAAAACUUACUCCCAAAUGCAGGCUUGGUUUUCCUUGCACCCUUUGACACCGGCUAUCCUUGAGGUUAAAGGCCUACACCAUUUUGAUUGGUUCACAAAGGGGAAAGUUCCGGUUUUGGAAGCAAUGGAGAAAGACCAAAAAGCACGGUCCCAGUUCAGGGGAGGCUCUUCUUCGAUUGUGGCAAACCAAACUGAAAACCCUAACAUUAUUGCGGCAAAGUUACAAGCACUCAGUCCUAAGUACAACUCGCUAAUGAAUCACAUACGGAUUCAUUUGCCAGAGUUGUUUCCUACUCUAAACAAGGUGGUCUUCCUCGAUGAUGAUGUAGUGGUCCAAACUGAUGUCUCGCCUUUGUGGGACAUUAACAUGAAUGGAAAGGUGAAUGGAGCAGUGCAAACAUGCACAGGGAAGGAUAAGCUUGUAAUGUCUAAACGCUUCAAGAGUUAUCUGAACUUUUCUCACCCUCUAAUAGCAAAUAACUUUGACCCUAACCAAUGUGCAUGGGCAUACGGCAUGAACAUCUUCGAUCUUGAGGCAUGGAGAAGAACAAACAUAAGUCAAACAUACCAUCACUGGCUAGAACAAAACUUGAAGUCAGACCUGAGUUUGUGGCAACUAGGAACAUUACCUCCUGGCCUAAUUGCAUUCCAUGGCCAUGUACAUAUCAUUGAUUCCUUCUGGCACAUGUUGGGACUUGGCUAUCAGGGUAAUACGAGCCAUGAAGAUGCUGCAAGUGCUGGUGUUAUCCACUUCAAUGGUAGGGCAAAACCUUGGCUAGAAAUUGCAUUCCCACAACUUCGAUCACUAUGGAGCAAGUAUGUCAACGUCUCAGAUAAAUUCAUUAAAAAGUGUCAUAUUACAGCAUCAUGAGUUGUAUUAAGGAAAGAGUGUCAUGAUCUUCAUCUUCCAUAAAGGAGAAGAACUAAGAGAAACUUUUCCAAAAGCAGAGGCAUUAGCUCGUGAUGUGAUGAAGUGAACUGCCAAGGCUUACAUUUCUUCAACUGGUCUUCACUACAAGCACACAAGCAUGUGUUCUGAUGCUCUCCAUUGUGUAUAGAAUAAAUUUCAUUUUUGGUCCUACGAGUAUAGCAUCAAUUCUACAAUUGGUCCACGUCUUUGACUUUGACCACUUUUGAUGCAUGACUAUUGUUUUUUGCCCAUAUAUGGUCAUUCUGCCGAUAUUUCCGGUGGUUAAAAACGUUGGAGAGGCGUCAGAAAAUUAAAUGGAAGGAUCGCAAAUGGUCAAGAAACAUUAGACAAGUACCAAAAGUGAACAAAGUGAAAGACGUGGACUAGAUGUGGAAAUGACAUAAAACUCUAGGACAAAAAGUAGAAUUAAUUCUUGUGUAUUAGUGUAUAUAUUAAUGAUGGUAUAAAGAUUAUGUUAGGAUGUCUGAUUCUUUCCCUCUUCUCUAUCCUCAUAGUAGAAAUCUCAAUUCAAAUAUGAUGUUAACAUGAAGGGUUAGCAUAUGUGUUUGAAUCAUUUGCUGAGGCGUGAAACUUCCAUAGUUCCACCCUAACUCCAGUUAAUUGUAAUAUAUGCAAGACCAACAGUAACAUGGAUAAGCUACGAAUCUUUAUAUUAGACUCCCCUCCAUCCCAAAAAUGAUUCCACAUCGAAAAUUUAUUUUUAUCCCAAAAAAGGGUUAUAUUCCAAAAGAAGCUAAUUUAAUUAAAUGCUUCGUUUUCUUUCAGAUGAUGACAAACAAAUUAAUUAUUCUAAAUUUGGUUAAACCAAGAAAUUUAAUAAAGAGAAUAACUAGGGUUGAUGAUUUUUAUGAACUUUCUUACUAAAAUUUAGAAGUGGUUCCAUGGUGAAAAAAAUACUUUUUUAGAGUAACACAUUGUUCUUGUACCCUCCCAUUUUGUAUAUUCAUAUUGCGAAAAUAGGCUCUGUAUUUGGGGUUUAAGAGCCCUGAGUAUGGGGGAUUCAAUUGAGGUUCAAAUGGUUUCAGGAUCAUGAAACCCUGAAGGGGAGGGGGCGUAAAAUAUUUCAGUUUUGAAGCCUUCUCAAAAUACACUAAAAUUCUUUAAACAUUUUUCAAUCUAUGCUACAAACUCACUCAUCCAACUCCCUUUCUUCCAUAACUAUUCUUUUCAAAAUAGAUCCAAUUCUUACUACCUUUGUCAUGGGCUCAUGGCUUAAGCGUCUCGUUGAAAGAUGACACAAUCACACAAUUAUUUAGACAAUAAUUAAAUAAGGUAAUUCAAGUAUAUUUUGAGAAAUAGUUUUGAUAGGUAUAUAACAUCAUGAAGUCAUUGAUGACAACUGUGAUGUUAUAGGUGUAUUAUUAUAAAUAUAAUAACAUUUGAUGAUUAAUUUGCAUUUAAGAGUGCUAAUUAUUUCCUAAAAUAGAAAUGAGAGGCUUUAGUUGGGACGUCCAAAAAAGGCAAGUGAAAAACUUAAGAUGGGAUGGAGGGAGUAUAUACUUUUGGUAUGGAAUAAGGGAAAAAGAAAUUCAAUACCAUCAAAUAUCCAAUGUCACUCAACCCACUUAAAAUCUUCACAUUCUUUUUGUACCUCAAGAUGCAUAACUGAUUUUAACAUUUGCUUACUUUGCUACAAGCCUACAAAUAUUUCAUGAUAUCUCAAGCAGUGCAAAUAACUGAAUUGAGUGAACUAGGACCUUCAUGUUUGCACUAAGUCAAUUUGAAAAAUAUCCUUCACAGUGUUGGAGGUUUUGAAAGUGAAAUUGGAGAUUUAGUUUUAUAUAGUAUCCCAAGUAUGUGCCAUGUGACCCCGCUUAAAUACUCCAUUUAGCCUCUGCUAGUCAGGCAAAUUAAGACUUUCCAGAGAACUAAAAAGCUAUGGAAGUGAUUCACGUGUCCUGCAAAUCUGCAAUGCCUUUGACUCAGUAAGCAGAUUCUCUUUUCUGGAAACUUACUGAUAGUGCCCUAGGGCUUGUACCCCUGGGUAUACCAUAAUUAGGUUUUGGAUUAGUCGGAUGCAAAAAUAAAAGAUUUCAGGCACACACGGAGUCUCUCUAGCUAAGCCAUUCACAACAUGACGCGAUCUUUCAACCAACUUCCAAUAGACUAUCAUGGAGGCAUGGAUGGUGGAAAGGUCUUCCCACCUUUAAUUUAGUUGUGAUAUACAUAGUUAUAUAUGUCUAUAUAUACACCCUAAGUGUUUUUGAGGAGGUAUGUUCAAUCAUUCAACUAGAAUCACUUUAUCUAGAUUUGUACUCUCUCUACCCCAUCUCCUACACACCAGUGACACUGGGAAUCAGUUUCCUAUGAAUUUAACUGAAAUGACAGUCACAAACUAUGCGUGAGCAUAAUUUAUGUUUCUUUGGCUCAUUUAAGGCAAAAGAUAAAACAACAGAGAUGAUCAUAUGAAAGAACAUAUUAUAAGCAAUGAAUCAGACAAUUUAGACAUUUCUUGUAUCAUAAAAUAAAGAGAUGCUUUAGACCGGAAAGAUUACCAGAUCUAUAUAAACACAGUAGUGACAGAGGGGGUGGAGUGGGAGUAAGAGAAGCAUCAUAAAUUGUUGAAAAAUGUUGUUAACUUUUACCGGUAACUUUAGACACCAAAGCCUUCAAGAACUUUGCAGACUUUGUAAGUGGAGAAUUAAUGGCCAUCAAAUUGUACAAAACAUUCUCAACUUCAGUGAUAGAUGGUCUUGUUUUGAAUGUAGAGACCAGCUUCAACUCUCCCUUUUCUUCAACUAACACAUUCCAUUGCUCCCCACUCAAUACCCCAUCUCUCACACACUUAAAAAUCACACAUUUUCUUUUGUUCAGUACCCCUCUAACCUCCAACCCCGUAAAUGAGUACACUACUUCAAAUGAACCCACAAAUUCACGCAACUCUUCAAAACCAUCCUCAUCUUCGAACCCCCAUUUCGGAUUGAAAAUUACCACAGGCUUUGGAUACACACUAUCCGUGAUUAUCUUCAUAAAUUCAAGUUGUCGAACCUCUGGAGUCAAGAACACAAUCAGAUCAGCAGGACUCAAAAUCCUGCUACUUUCUCCAGUAGCUACCGAUAAAGUGUCAAGAUUUUCAACCGUAGUGCUGUAAGAACGACUUGCAAACGUACUGGCAGCCUCCUCGAAACACUCAUCUGGCCAAAGAAUCAUAGUCUUAAUUUUAGAGCCUUUCCUUUUAAUGGGCAUAUUCGCGAACACAUCAAGCGCGAGCUGUGAGAGUGACGUCGGCGACUCAUUGAUCACCGGAAUUUCUACUCGGAAUCUAGGUUGCUUUAACUUCUUGAUUCUCGGGGAGAGUUUGGGGUUGUUGAGAGGCUUCUCUAGAGUGCGGCAAAGAGAAGCCUUCGCCUGAGAAAUGGCUUCUUCUUUGCUGCUGGGUGGGGUAGGUGAGGAGAGGGCAGAAUGGGGGUAUAUUGAUCUGCUCAAGGGCUUCGUCAAGGAAACAGUGAAACGAUGAAAGUGACGAUAAUGGCGUCCAGUGGGGAAGAAAGGUGGAUGCUGAACCUGGGUCGGCUUGAAAUGAAAUUUGGAGUUCGAAGUGUUGAUGGAUAGUUGGUGGAAAUUAAGAAGAUUCGUAGCCAUAGGACAGUAUUUAGAACAGUCCAUUAAAGUCAGCCGUGAGCACAACCAGGUUACGAGUUGAAGAGAAGAUAGCCUCACUCAGUCACUCUCCUGCAACUAG